AAGAAGAAGAAGAAGAAGAAGAAGAAGAAGAAGAAGAAGAAGAAGAAAAAAAAUUUAAAAAGAAGAAGAAGGGGGGAGGAGGAGGGGGAGGGGGAGGAGAGUGUGUGUGAGUUAGUUAACUUCUCGCCUCUCAAACGGAAGUUAACGCAGCAUGAAAUAUAUGACAGAAUGUAUUUCUUAGUUGUACAGUAUUAAUUUAGUCAACAGAUAGAGAUAACAAGAAGGGAAACCACAGAAUGAAUUCAAGUAAAUAAGUUAAUCUCAGUGUCCGGACACAACGACUGACAUUGUGGAAACAAGAACGCAGGACGAUAAGACUUGGAGCUUUGAAUCUGCACAGCCCCUGUGUCCUUGGUGCUAUCAGGAAAUCAUAGAGAGAAGAUCCAGUUUCAACUCAUCUCUUCUCCCAACACACCACUAGUUCUGGGCUUCCCCUGGUUACGUCAAUACAACCCGCACAUUAACUGGACCAAAAGAAGAAUUAACGUUCCCUGAAAUAAAGAGGCAGCAGAACAGAAGGAUGAUCUCACUGCACAGAAAGCUGAGUCAGCUGCGCGGAGUAUGGAGUUGGAAGAGGAGGGUGGAGGUUUCUUUCUACCCAGCCACUGGCUUUCACUGCAGGACCUUCUGCUCCAACACUUCAGAACCAGUAGAAGCCAUAGAGAUCCACAAGAGGAAGCUCUUCCUGUGGUUCAGCCACCUUCCUCAGGAGGAGAAACAGUUUGGUGGUUACUUGCAUGUGGAUCCACUGAUUCUGGAAAGAAAGGCUGAGGAGAGUGCAGGACUGCUCAGCUCCCCUCUCCAAACCCAGACACCCUCCAGCCCCUCUGUGACUGUGGAACAGCUGUUUGAGCCCACUGAUGCCUGGAGUGAGGGUCGGGGGCUCAAUGUACUGCUGUACGGGGCUGUGGGAACAGGGAAAAGUACGGUGGUCCGAAAGAUGGUGCUGGAUUGGUGCACUGGGACCACCCUGACCCACUUCAAGCUUCUGGUUCCUUUCUCUUGUGAGGACCUUGGCCAACUGUCAAAGGUAGCUUCUUUAAGGGACCUUGUGAGCAGGAAGUACCUCCACCUGAGAAAAUACCCCAUGCUGAGUGGGGAGGGAAACCAGGCCAAGGAUGUGCUCUUCCUCUUCAAUGGGAUGGAGAAGAUGAAACUGGACUUCCGGAUUGGAGCCACAGAGCUUUGCAGUGAUCCUAAUGAGGCGCUGCCUCCAGGUGUAGUGGUGGUGAAUCUGCUGAGGAAAUACCUCCUGCCUGAGGCCAGCAUCUUGGUUACCACCAGACUGUCUGCCCUGGACCGUAUUCCUCAGAAGUAUGUGAGUCGUUAUGCACAGAUUUGUGGCUUCAGUGACCCAGACUGCCAGCGGGCGUACUUCACCAGCCGCCUACUGCAGCAGAGUGGGGAAACUGCACGUAACCAUGAGGCCCAGGCUCUUAUAGAGCUGCUUUACCUCAACCUCCAGAGAGAAAGCCAGUUGGCUGCGGCCUGCUUCCUCCCCUCCUACUGCUGGCUCACAUGUGCUACCUUACACUUCCUCCAUUUCACUGACGCAAAGGCACCCAUCCGCACUCUGACUGGCAUAUACACCAGUUUCCUCAGGCUCAACUUUGGGGGUGAGGUACUGGGCACAGGAACAGGGACAAAUGUUCCCAUUCAGGAGCACCACAGUUCUCUGAUGUUGUAUGUAGUCCGUACAGUUGGUAAACUUGCAUUUGACGGUGUGACAUACAAACGCACGUCAUUCUCAGAAAAGGAACUGGAGCAGUGGAUAGGAGGGAAGACCAAGACAGAUGAGGAGCUACGUCAGCUGGCCAUGUUCCGGACUGAUGUGCUAGACUUUUUCUUGGCUCCCUGUGUAGAAAGUGGUAAGCUUUUACCAGAAGAACCCAGUGAGAAUGAUGAGAGGCGGUAUGUAUUUGCUGUCCCAGCAAUGCAGGAAUACCUGGCGGCUCUCUACGUGGUUCUAGGAGAGAACAAAUCGGCUCUGGAGAAGCUGACCAGGCAGGUGUCUGUGGCCAUUGGUCAGGAAAGUGAGGAUAUUAAUGCUCUUGUCAAUAUCCUUUCUAAGUUCAUCCCCCUCCGAAUCUUUGCUGUAUUCAAGCUCCUUAAGCUUUUUCCAAAGCUCUACGAGAAAAUCAGCAGUCUCAGCAAAGGCAGCAUUGCCAGAACCAUGGCAGCUGAGAUGUUCCGCACUGAGGAUAGCUACAAUGAGGAUGUCCUGGAUCAGGUGGAGCAAAGCCUCCUGGGAGUCCAUGGCCCACAGCCACAGCAGUACAGUGAAGGCCAGCCUUUUGAGCUCUACCCCAUCUUCAUGGGUGGACUGUUGCAUUAUGGUAACCGUGUCCUUCUCCAGCAACUUGGAUGCAGCAUUCAGAGCACCACUGUGGCCCAGAUCACACGUGCCCUAAGGAAGUACCUUGUCAGAGAGCUCAGCAAGCCACAGCCACCAGAGGAGCUGAUGGAUCUGCUGGUCCUUCUGUAUGAGUUUCAGAACCCCAGACUGACUGCAGAGGUUCUGGCCUCAAUCAGAACCAUCCGCCUCACCAACAUUCGUAUGACGUCGCUCAAAUGCUUUGUGCUGAGUUCUGUGCUCUCAUGUUCCCCUGCAAGUGUCGGAUGGCCACCCACUAUUGAGUCUGGUUCUGCCCAAGGUUUCUGCCUCUUGAAGGAAGUCACUGUCGCCAAAUGCUUGCUCAUGGUGGGAUUUGUUAGUUAUCACCUUGAAGAGCUGGACCUGUCCUCCUGUCUCCUGACACAUGACAUGCUUCAGAUGCUGUGGCCUGCCUUCAGACACACACAUAACCUCAAUCUGCAGUUUAACAGCCUGGGUCCUGAGUCCUGCAUCCUCCUGAGAGAUCUGCUACUAGACCCCAAGAGUUCUAUUAGAUCUCUACAACUGUGUGACAACCCUCUGCUGGAGUCUGGAGCCCGCACCCUGAUGGAGGCCCUGCCAGAGAACCAGUCCCUGACACAUUUGUCCCUGAUGCACACUGGGCUGGGGGACCAGGGGGCGCGGGAGCUGGCCGAGAGGCUCCAGCAGCACACGGACCUCCAGGAGCUCAACGUGGCCUAUAACAACAUCGGAGACAACGCUGCUCUGGCUCUGGUGGAUGCUUGCAGGGAACACCCCAGCAUUCACACUGUGCACUUGUAUCUGAACCCUCUCAGUGAUGUGGGGAAGCAGUCACUGUAUAUCCGAGGUGUUCCCAAGAGCCACAGCGGCAGUGGCCGACGGGUCAAGGUCCUGGCUUCAGUCACUGAAGGCUCAGACAUCUCCGAGGAUUGGCACCCCAUCCUCAGUGUGAUACGAGAGAAUGCCUCCUCCUGGGACCGUGAACGUGUCAAGCAGCAGCUUAAGGUAUUCCUCAGGGAUCUGGAAUGGGGGCGUCAGCAGCAGAAGAGCCUCUGGAAGAGGCUGCAUUUCCGCAGGGUGGAGAAGGGAGUCCGGCAGACUCUACAGAUGCUGGAGAAGGACAUUCUACCGCCAUCCAAAGGAUACAGCAAGUAACCAAUAAAAAUCAAGAGGUGAAAGAGCAGUGAAUGUCUUCAGCAGCAUAUCAGAUUUUAAUCUGAUCCACACAGGAGAGCAAACUGGAGGUCCAGGAGAUACAGCUUCAUUAUUGUAAAGGAGAUAACUUCAUUUAACAAUAAGACGGUGUAGUCCCUCAUUCGUCCAGGAGUGUUCUAUCAUAGAAAAGGUUUCAGUAAAAUUUCAGUAAAAUUCCAAUUCCCGUCCCAUUUCUUCACAAUUGAGAAUGACUUCCGGAUGGGAGCCGAAACGUCUUGAUUCUGAAAACAGUGUCCAGAUGACUACGACUGAAACCUUUUCUAUGAUGGUUCAUUUAACAAUAUUUACAAAGCAGCUUAAACUCCCUGACCUUACACUUCCUCAACUCAACUGAGAAUCAGUCGUGUCAAGGUUUUGACCAUGCAGCCACAUGCAUUUUAAGUGAUGCUGUGGAACAAAUCUGAGCAAGCUUGUUUCAGACUGUCCACUGGCAGAGCCUGAGAUAUACAACAUUUAAUGAACAUGAACACAUAUUAAAAACAUUUAAAUUCAUGUACAACUACAUGCUAAUACAGGAGGAUGGGAAGGUGGAGGGAGUUACAUUUCUGAAAGCAGGCAGCAGUGUAGUAGUGAGGAUGCAGAGCUCAGCAUUGUAUGCAGACAUACUCCAAAUGUUUAUAUGGACUGCCUAUAAUGAGAGAUAGGUCAUGGACAUACAUGAUUGGAGGAUGUAUGGAACGUGUGACUAUAAAAUUUCUUUCAUGCCUGCCUGAACUAUUGCGAGGCUCCAUGGAUGAUGCAACUAUGAUACUGCUGCACUGGGUGUGGUGUUCCUGAUGUGUCUCUGUUGUGAAUAUUCAGCUGACAGUAUGUACAUUUGCCUAAUGUGGAUUAACACCUUCUGACAAAUAAAUCUCUUCCCCUCGCACAAACUGA